CGAAUAUUUACGAAUUUGCGCUCAUAAGUGUGGCACGCGAAAUUGUUAAGCUCUUCUGUUUUAACCUUUUUUAUUAAUAUAAAGUGAAUGGCUAAUAAAUAUUGAUAUUGUGCUUAUUAACCAUGUAUUUAAGAAAAAAUUAAUCUAAAGAUAACACCUUUAGGUGUAGCCAGAUACAAGUAAAUUAAGAUUAAAGUACAACCCAGAUUUGUAAUCUCAGUUUCACAGUCCUGUUGUUCAACAUGUCCACAAGACCUCGACGCGCUGUCGCCACAAAAACGCUGGUAAUUGAUUCCUCCGACUCAGAUGAGGAACUGAAUCUUACGGAAAACGAUGAUUACAGGCCGCAGGAGACCAAAAGUCGCAGGAUAGAUCGCGCUGCAAAUGCGCUAGCCGGCGUAACCAAACGCCAGCGCUGGCCGACAUCCAAAAAUGCAGCUGCUGAGGGACCAGCUCGCAAGAAAAAGCGGGUCGGCAAAGAAAAAGAGGACGAGAAUGCUUGUCCCAAUGAGACCAACCAGGAAUCGGUAGUCCAGGACGCACCGUCAACUUCAAACCAUCGAAGUGAACCUGUAGCCGCUGAAAACAGUUCCGAGGCUCCGGCUCCCAAAGGAAAACGCACCAGAAAGGAUAAAAAGGACUUGAAGGCUGCAGCCAAUGAGACCAUUCCUGAGAAGGGGGACGUUGUGCCCUCAACAGCAAUGACACAACCAGACGGUAUUGUGGCCAGCUCCAGCAGGAUGUCUUCCACUGGACGCAGUUCCUUCUGGGGCCGACGAAAGGUGUGGAACAUCCACGAGCUUUUGGCCGAAACGGAGAACAUACAACCGCAGGCAGCGCAAAAUAUUGUACAGCUCUUCGAGAAUGAAAACACAAUACCUUUUAUUUGCAGGUACCGUCGAGAUUUGGUGGAUCACAUGGCUCCAGAUCGCCUUAGAGACAUUCGGAAUACGUACAUAGAAAUUGUCGAUCUGCGGAAAAAAGCUGAGCAUAUUGUCGGUCAAUUGGAGCGCGAAAACAGCAUAAAUGCGGAAAUUAGAGAGGAGCUGAUGUGCGCUAAGACCAACGAAGAACUGGAGUUCUUAUAUGCUCCAUAUAAGCCGGCCAGUAAGGGCACUUUGGCGGAAAGAGCCAAAGCUUUGGGCUUGGAGGAGUACGCUGAUCGUUUGCUGUACGGUUCAACAGUUAAGGUCAACCUUUCUGUAAUUGUGGAUCGCGGUAACGAGGCCUUGGCUACGGAGGCACUUGUAAUGGCUGGAAUCUGCAAUAUUAUUAUUCACAAAAUUAGCAAGAACACAAAUGUUUUGGAGGAAAUACGAAGAUUACAAAAUGUGCACCGGGUAGUCCUCAAGUGCAACAAGACCAAAGAGGCGACAUCGUCUAAGUCUUCUGGUAAAGCAAGCUCCAGUAAGGGAUCCAGCGGCAUUGCAGACAAAAAAUUGGACAGCUCAAAGUUUGAGAAUUAUUUCAACUUCCAGGGUGAUGUAAAAACUAUAAAACCUCAUCAAAUGUUAGCCAUCAAUCGUGGGGAGAAGCACAAAUUUCUUACUGUCAAGUUAGAAACGAACGAUUACCUGAAAAGAGAUCUUAUGCGCUUUAUAAGCGAUCAGUACAUGAACGAAGGCUUGCAAUAUCCUUUAAGAAGGGAGGUGUUCACGAAAUCUUUAGAUGAGUGCUACGCGAAAAAGUUGCAACCUUUAAUGUGCAGGCAGAUUCGAGCCGACCUAAAAGAAAAGGGCCAAAAGGCAGCCAUCGAUGUGUUUGCCAAGAACCUGAAGCAACUACUGUUGAUGUCGCCCCUGAAAGGCGAACGCAUUUUGGGCAUAGAUCCUGGUUACACGAAUGGAUGCAAACUGGCGGUCAUAUCCGAAACUGCGGAUGUGCUGGACACUGGUGUCAUUUACCCUCAUGGUGCCAGGUCAAACAAGAGGGCUGCUGAACAGAAAUUAGUUCAGCUUCUUUCAGAUCACAACUGCCAAAUUAUUGCCCUGGGCAAUGGUACCGCUUGUCGCGAAACUGAGCACUGGCUAACCGAUAUGUUUCACGCCGGCGUUCUGGACGGCAGGAGCAUUCGCUACAGCAUCGUUAACGAGAAUGGUGCAUCUGUUUACUCCUGCAGCGAUGUGGCCGCCAAGGAGUUUCCCGAAAUGGAUACAAACGAAAGGAGUGCAGUGUCCAUAGCGCGUCGUUUGAACGAUCCGUUGAGUGAAUAUGUUAAGAUAGAGCCUCGACACCUGGGAGUUGGUAUGUACCAGCACGAUGUUUCCGAGAAGAUUUUGACGGAAUCGCUGAAGGACGUUGUUUCCGAAUGUGUUAGUUAUGUUGGAGUGGACCUCAACACAGCCAGUCUGAGUGUGCUGAAACACAUUGCUGGUCUGUCGGAAAAGAAAGCAGAGAAGAUCAUUGAGUAUCGGACGCAGAAAGGACCAUUUAAAACCCGAAAGGAUCUGCUCUCGGUGCGAACCAUAGGGGAGAAAUCGUUUGUCCAGUGCGCCGGCUUUGUGCGCAUCGAACCCCUAAGCGUUGGAGGCCGGAUACAGAAUCCUUUAGAUUGCACUUGGGUGCAUCCGGAGAGCUAUAAAGUUGUGGAAAGUAUCGUCGGAGAAUGUGACUUAAAGCUGUCGGAUGUGGGCAAGGCUGGCUUUAUAGCCAGCAUCAAGCAGUUUGCCGCGUCUCAGUCGAAACUCGAUCGCAUUGCCAAGCAGCACAAGCUACCCAUGGAGCGGUUGGAGUUCCUGUUGGUUGCCCUGCAGCGCGAAUUGCUGCAAGAUUAUCGAGCAGAUCUGGACAAGAGGCCACUCUUCAAGCAGGGCCUAACGAGGCUGGAUGAUCUCAGCAUAGGCGAGGUGGUUACUGGUGCCGUGACCAAUGUAACCCAGUUUGGCGCCUUCGUGGAUGUGGGAGUGGAGCGCGAUGGCCUGAUACACAACAGUCACAUGAAUGAUGCACAGCUGAGUAUUGGCGAUCGCAUUGUGGCAUCGGUGGUAAAGGUGGAUCUGCAGCGACGCCAGUUGGGAUUGCGUUUGGAAAACAUGCUGGUGGAGACGGAUACCUCGUUUACGUUCAAGACGGAGGACUAGAUAAACUGCAGGGAUUUAAUGCUUUUGGAAGUAUUUAAUGAUUCAUAUCGUAAUUGUUUGGUUGCUCACACGAGCAUUCAUAUAUACUAUAUAUAGUUCAUAUAUAUAUACGUGUAUAUGCAUAGUAUAACGGCUUUCCUAAGUUUACUCAAAGCUUAUCAGUUAGUAAUAAAUGUUCACAU